AUCAAAAUGGGAGAUCAGCAAAAAGUUAAUAUUGUUUUCUUGUUCGUGUUUCUUUUGUUUGGUUCGGGUCAUGGCAAGAUUCCACCGUUCUGGCGCGAUACGCACGUCACGAUGACAAACUUGAUUGGCGGUCCACCUCUUACCGUCCAUUGCAAAUCCAAGCAAAACGAUCUAGGAUCUCACGUAGUGCCUUUCAACCAAUUUUACGAGUUCAAGUUCCAACCAAAUUUUUGGAAAUCAACAUUGUUCUUUUGCAGUUUUCAGUGGGGCAGUGAAUCCAAAGAGUUUGAUAUAUUUGAUGCUCAGAGAGAUCAAGAUAUAUGUAAAGAUCAAUGUAAAUGGGAUAUAAAACCUGAUGGUCCAUGCAGGCUCGAUAAAAAAGGGCCUAAAUGUUUUCCUUGGAAGUAGUAAAUUUUAUAUGAUGUUAUGAAAGAUGAUAUAUGUAUAGGUUAUCAGAUUCAAUAAAUAAGUUUUCUUUUCUCCAAUAAAAUCAAUGAAUAUAAAACUUGACUAGAUUAGAAUUUAUAGGGUUGCUUGAUCCA